AGAUGUCCUCCUGUUUUUAGCAGCUUUGGAGAAAAACAACCACAGUCUGCAUAGAGAGAGAGAGAGAGAGAGAGAGGGAGAGAGAGUUAGAGAGAGAGAGAGAGAGACGGGUCUAGCAGGUGUCAUCGUCUCUUCCUCGUUUUAAUCGAAAAAUCUCCAAUUUUUGCAUUUCGCCUGUGAUGGAGGACAAGGAUGAAGAAGGAGGAGGAGGAGGAGGAUACCACCGGGCGGCCAAACGGCUGCGGACGGAGGAGAAGAGCGGCGUGAGGGAGCUGGAGGACGGAGAGGAGGAUGAGGAUGAGGAGGAGGAGGAGGAGGAGGAGGAGGACUCGGCCAGUGAAGAGGCGGCGGGGAGCGGACGCACCGAGGGCAGGAACCGGAGGAGCGCGGGGAAGGCCGAGGCCACUGGGAUGAUGCAGAGAGCUGGAGUGAAGGAUGCUGUAAUCCAUCCAUCCCCCGACCUAAAUAAAGACAUGCAGGUUCCCAAAAAAAAGAAAGAAAAAAUGACAAAGCUGCCGUUUGGUUUCCACGGCGACAGGGCCAACGUGGGUCCCACCUCCUCUGCCGUCCCGGGCAGGAGGAGGAAACUUCGACUCCAAACGCCAAUCGCCAAUAUUGGGGAAGGCGUGAAGGAGAGCCACCGCAUCCCUCCAUCUCCGGUCGUCCACGUCCGGGGGCUGUGUGACGCCGUGGUGGAGGCCGACCUGGUGGAGGCACUUGACAAGUUUGGCAGCAUCUGCUAUGUGAUGAUGAUGCCCUUCAAGCGUCAAGCCCUGGUGGAGUUCGACAGCGUGGAGAGCGCCGAGCGCUGCGUCACGCGCGGAGCCCACGAGGCCGUCUACAUCGCCGAGCAGCAGGCCUUCUUCAACUUCUCCACCAGCCAGAGGAUCACCAGACCCACCAACGCAGACGACCCCACCAGCAAAAACAAGGUCCUGCUGCUGUCCAUCCAGAAUCCGCUCUACCCCAUCACCACCGACGUGUUGUACACAGUCUGUAACCCCGUGGGGAACGUCCUGCGCAUCGUCAUCUUCAAACGCAACGGCAUCCAGGCCAUGGUGGAAUAUCCUGACCGCGUGUCCGUCACUGGGCGUUUCUGUGCUUUGAAAGAUUUGGUUAAAACAUGUCCACUUUUGCUGCUCUCUGAUUGCCUGCUUGCUGGUUUUCCUGCCGAGUCAUCCUUAACAAGCUUGUUAACGUUUGAGUCCGUGGAGGACGCUCAGAAGGCCAAACUGGCUCUGAACGGUGCCGAUAUUUACUCUGGCUGCUGCACACUUAAGAUCGAGUAUGCUCGGCCCAACAGACUGAACGUCGUCCGCAACGACAACACCAGCUGGGAUUACACCAAACCCUUCCUCCUGCACCGAGAACGGGGCAAGGGAAGGCAGCGUCAAGCCAUCUUAGGAGAGCAUCCGUCCAAUGGCUAUGGUCCACACUGCCCCCUGCUGCCUCUGCCUGCUAACAGCAGGUACAGGAGGAUGGGGGAGCAGGUCCAGGACAUGGUCUCCUACCCACCUCUCCUACCAAAGACCUUUCCGUCCACUUCUUCUUCCUCCCUUCUGGGCUCCAGUUCGGUCGCUAUGGUGAGCGGCUUACAUCCCACCAAGAUGAACUGCUGUCGGAUCUUCAAUCUCUUUUGUCUCUAUGGCAAUGUGGAGAAGGUUAAAUUCAUGAAGAGUGUUCCUGGCACAGCCUUGGUGGAAAUGGGCGAUGAGUAUGCCGUGGACCGAGCCGUGACUCACCUCAACAGCAUCAAAGUGUUCGGCAAGAAACUCAACGUCUGCGUGUCCAAGCAGCAGGCGGUCAUCCCCAGCCAGGUGUUCGAGCUGGCCGACGGCAGCAGCAGCUACCAGGACUUCAGCCUGACCCGAAACAACCGCUUCAGCAGCGCGCACAGCAGCCGGAACAUCAUCCAGCCCCCGGCGGCCGUGCUGCACUUCUACAACGCGCCGCCCACCCUCAGCCAACACCAGCUGCUCAAGCUUUGCUCUGAACACAACGUUCCCAGCUUCACCAAGUUCAAGGUCUUUGACGCCAAACCUAGCUCAAAGACACUUUCCGGACUGUUGGAGUUCGAAAACAAAACCGAAGCAGUUGAGGCUCUGACCGUCCUGAACCACCAUCAGAUCAGAAUACCCAGCAGCUCCAACCCCUUCACCCUGAAGCUCUGCUUCUCCACUUCUUCCCAUUUGUGAUCCAGCGAUAAGACGGCUACGGCGCAGACAAAGAUCCUCCUGGAAAUACAGCACGGGAGCCCAUUUCUUCAUUCUGAAAACAGCAGGAAGGCUAUCGAGUGGGGCAAAAAAAAAAUUGCAUGGUUUUUGAAGAGGCAGUAUGACCAAAAGAAGCAAUAGGAUGGCAUUGCAGUAAAAUGGCAACUUAAUGGGGUUUUCUGUCCGAAUUUGUUCCUUUAGAUUUACAUUUUAUAGCACAACCUGUUGUAGACAGCGUGAGAUACUUCUAACUGUUAAAAAUAUGUAAGGGUUCUAAUCAGUUCGUACAUGUAAAUGUGGAUCAGAGGAAUGCUGAUGGGGAGCUACUCGAUAAUUAUAUUUAUGAGACGGGUGGUGUUUUAAAUGCAGCCCCGGGGCAGCAGAGUAUCGACCGAGGUGUUCAAAGUGACAAACAGAGCUAAUGAUAUGGAAGAAAGAAAGGCAUAAAAGGCAUAAUCAACCAAUUAUUUCACGGUGGUCACAUUUAAAAGCACAAAUAGACGCAUCCACACCCCCAAACACUGAUACUAUUAAAAAAAAAAUCCAGAUAAAUAUAAGCAAAUGUGGAGGAUGUUUCUACAGAAGCAUCCACCUCCACAUGUAAAACUAUUUUGGUAUGCUUCAUUACAAGGUUUGGUAGCUUUGUAAAUACUGGGAUUGAAAACAUGUUUUAACAUAUUAAACAGGAAUAAUUAAGUAAAAUAGAAUUAAAAAGAAUUAGUUUCCCUUAUUAAACAUGUAAGAUUGGAUUUCCGAUCCACAGAGUGAAAUAUUACUUGUUAAAUUGAAGAAAUAUCAAUAGAGAGGCUUCCCUGGAUAUUCAGAUUAAGACUGAGAAAGGAAGAGAAAAAUGGUUUGUUGCUUUGACACCACAGAUGUUACAAUGAAUAAAGAUGACAUUCUGUAUAUACUGUAGUCUUAUUUAGUUUAUUUAUAUUAGUUUGUCAAACAUCAUAAGCAGUUGCUUCUUCCUGAGAUGUAUGGGAUGACAGAGGAGUGCCAAAAAAAUGAGGAGACAUAAGAAAAUGUGAAAAUUUGAAGGAAUUUGAAUAAAGUAAUGAAUUAAUUAUGGAAUAUUGUAUUGCUCAUUUACAUAUUGUAAUGAAUUUAUUCAUGUUGUUUAAUUUUUCUGUAUUUCCUCAUAUUUAUUUUUGGAUUGGGUUUUAUUUUUUUAUUACACUGCAGUUGUAGUUAAGUAUUAGUUUAGUUGAGUUUGUGACUGCUGUAGCUUUUAUGAGCCGGUUUUUCAUUUUCCUUUCUCUGCAUUGCUUUUGCUUACUUUCUUUGCUACUUCUAAAAAAUAGUGUGUGUGGAACUAACCAUUAAACUAUUCCUUCUACAAAACCAACACAAAUCAAUUUUUAUCUCCACAUGAGAAAUACCAAGAUCUAGACGGCGUAUACAACAAGACACGAUGUUUGGAAGUGGUAGCGGUCCUUUAGGAACAGGAUUAGCUUCCCUCUUGUGUGCAGCCUCACUUUCAUAGGAGUCAACCUCUACGCAAAUGCUGCUUCAAGCAUGUUUUGAAUUGACACAAUUGCGUAACAUCGUCCACUAUUGCCAGUGUCAGACUGACUGCAUGGGAAUUUAAAUGAUAGGUAUAUCCUAUCGGUUAGUUUUGCUGAUUUACAAGCUUGAGUUAGCCCGUUGAUAACCAAAUUAUGCUGUCAGUGUCUAAGAAGGGAAAACUUUUGAUAUAACGAUGGCUGACCUAAUGGCAAAAGCAAGGGAGAAAAGCAGUAAAAAUAAAUUGAUAAAAAGGGAAAAGCAAUACAGAAAAGGUAAAGGAAAGACUACUUGAAAAUGGCUAAAGUAAUAAUGAUAUAGCAAAAACAAUGUGGAAAAAAAUGACAAUCGUUUAUUUUAUAUCUCCAUUUCAUUUUCAUAAUCCAACAUUUAUUGACUUUCAUUCAUUUCUCUUUACAAGUCCCCCAUUAUUUGCUCACGCUAUUACAUAUUCAUAAUUUUUUUUUAUUGCACUUCAAUAACUCCUUUGAACAUUUCAUUAGAAUGCACAGUUGUGAUUCCACUGUUCCCCAUCAUUUUCCUUUGACUCCACCAUAGCGGCUUUUAUGUACAAGCAGGAAGCUGUGACUAUUUUGUUGGUAAAACACUGAUUUAUAUAGAUGCGUUUCAUUUUAAAUUGCUGCAUUAUGUGUGACCUCUUUUCUUUUCAUGGGUGACGUCUGAGAAGAAAAUGAUGAUGUAGUUUUCCUCAAAAUGAACAGUUUUAUUAAAAUGAAUAUCUACAUUGUGUCAAAAAUAAAGAGUUAGUCAA